CCGCAUCUCAACUCACCACCACCUGCACUUCCUCCUCUCUCCCUUACUUUCCCAUCCCAAUCACCAAUUCACGACUCCUUCACAGUUCAACACCGAACACAAUCCCCUUUCCAAAGCAACCUUGCGGAGUAUACUCAACCUCACCACCCGCUACCAAAGUCCAAAGACAAAAGAACAACAAUGCUCCUCUUCUCCCGCACAACCACCACCCUCCUCGGCACCGGCCUCGGUCUCGGCCUCACCCUCUCCCUCCACCCGCUCUCCCCCUUCCGCGCCGCCCCAAUGCAAUGCCAGUACUCGGCGCCCUACUCGCGGCCAGACUCCCACGCCAGCCCCGACUCUGGCUGGACCAUCCCCUCGUCCGACCCAUCGCUCCUUAAACAGGGCACCACCGGCCCGAUCCUCACCGCGUCAAACAUGCGUCAAGUCAGUCUGGGGAGUGUGCUGGGGCUGGUGGUGGGUGUCGGGUUGCGGGCGUUUUCGCGCGUGUUGGUCGUGUUGAUUGGAAUGGGGAUUGUGGUUGUUGAGUGGGCUGCCGCCAAGGGAUACAAUAUUCUGCCUGUCAAUACCCUCCAGCGAUACGUGAAGCGUGUGGACUUGCAGGGUGCCGUGUCGAAGCAUAUUCCGUUUAAGCUGAGUUUCGGGGCGACGAUGGGUUUGGCUGCUUUUGCACAGUUCUAGGAUAUGAAUGAAAACACUGCAGGUUUCGUGCGGGGUUGUGGGAGUAAUAGGUUAGGUAGUUAAUGAGCAGGCGGGCAGGCAGGAAGCAGGCUUCAAUGUAGAACUUAGAUGGAGAGUUGAUACACCGCCGCGCGGCAUGAAGGACAAAAUCCCAAUCCAACUUCGAAUUAUA